CCAUCGCCACGUCGCUCUCGCCGCGCGCAGCGCCCCGCCGCUCCUUCGUCGUCGCUAUCACAACAGCCUCUCACUAUGACCACAGAAGCCGAUCGACCGCAGGCCGAGCCGAUCGCGUCCCUCGACGCCGGCUCGGCGCCUGUGCCUCAGCCCCCAUCUUGUGCGACCCCUGCGCCUCAGCGUACUGCCGGCGUCCACACUUCCUCGCGCUUCCCGCCGCCUCCACCCUCCGAUCCCCUGAUCCAAACAAUCCAUCUGUCAGACAUCCUGCCGGUGGUGCGAUGCGUCAAUCCCGUGGAGGCGCAGUUCGUACACAAACAUGUGUUCUUCGGCCGCAUCGGCGGCUACGGCCUGAAGCAGCUGGGGCUGUGUGUGCGGCCGGGCGAUACCGUGGUGGACGUGGGCAGCAACAUCGGCAACUUCGCAAUGUGGCUGCUGAAGGAGCUGCAGGGUGACGUGCGGCUGGUGGUGGUGGAGCCUGUGCCGCCACUGGCCGCCUGCCUGGCCGCAAACGUGCAGCAGUACUCGGUGCCGGGCCUCACACACGCCUCGGUGGUAAACGCCGGCUGCACCAGCCCCGACAAGUCCGGCCGCCCCGCCCUUCUGAGCUUCAACCCCGGAUACACACUGCUGUCCACAGCCGACCGCUUCAGCGGCCAGGAACUCGACGUGAUGGCGGCGGGUCUGCAGCGCUACACCGGCAGGGAGGACCGUUCGGAGCUGGAGGGGGUGGUGCAGUCGCACCUGGCGGGUCCGGAGGUGCGGGAGGUGGCGGCGGCCAUGGCCUGCCUCAGCCAGGUGCUGGAGGCGGAGCGGCGCCCCGGGCUGGAGCUGCAGCAGAUUGACUUGCUCAAGAUUGAUGCGGUCAAAUCGGAGUGGGACAUCCUGCAGGGUAUCUCAGACACCGACUGGGCCCGGGUCCGGCAGGCGGUGAUCGAGGUGCAUCUAGGCGGCGACGUCUCGCGACUGGACAAGGUGGUUAACCUGCUCAAGGCCAAGGGCUUUGCCAACGUGCGCACCGGCUGGCCCGGCACGCCCACCUUCCUGGCCUACAAGCAGUACGGCAUGAUGAAGGCGUCCGCGUCCGCACGCGACGCGGCAGCGCUGGCGGCGUCAGUCACGGCGCCUACGGAUGGGGCAGGGAAGCAGGGGGCUGGGAAGGAGGGGGCUGGGAAGGAGGGGGCUGGGAGGGAGGGCGUGGCGGCGGGGGCGGGGGCGGCUCCGCCGCUGGAGCUGCCCGCGCUGCCGCCGCCGCCGCCGCCGUCUGCGGAUGAGCAUCUGUUGUGUGCGGUGUAUGCCACCCGCAGUUAGCAGGUAGGGGUCGGGUCCAGAGCAGCGACGCAGGGAUAGUUGUGCUGUAUUUGAAGCAGCAGCAGCAGUAGCAGUGGCAGCAGCACGCAGAAGCAGAAGCAGCAACAGCAUGCAACUGUGUAAUGUGUGCGUGUGUGUGUCCGGUUCCGCCAGUACCUAGACCCUGCAUGUCAUGGAAAGCGGGCGGGCGCGCGCGGCACAACCGUGCGUAUCAUGUGGCGCGAUUGUGUGCUCCUUUUGUUGCUGUGCGGACACAAGAAUUUUGGAGAGGAAUGCUUUAUUGCUUGUGUUGCCCUAGGAAGAGUCGCGAGACACGUGGGCCAGUGUCGUAUAGGGGAUGGUGUGGGAGCUGAAGAGCUCGAGGCCGCGAGGGCCGAUUGCGCGAGCAGGCGCGUGGGGAAAUAAAGAGGCCGCCGCCGUGUGUGCGUGCCGCCGCUUUACAUGUGUUGACGCUACGUGCGGUGAGCUGAGCGCUAGUACGCAUGCAUAAUUAAUUAAUGAGUUUAAACAGGCAUCAGGCAUUGGAGGCCAGGAAUGGGAGCGAGGUUUUCUUGCAGCAAGUGUGAGACGGAAGGCGCGGUGUGGCGAGUCCGGACAUGCC